CGACCCCUGCGCGUGGCGGCCGGCGGCAGUGUGGCCGCCAUGGCGUCGCCCUUCAGCGGGGCGCUGCAGCUGACGGACCUGGAUGACUUCAUCGGGCCGUCUCAGGACUGUAUCAAGCCUGUGAAGGUGGAUAAGAGGCUGGGAAGUGGCCUGGCAAAGAUCCAUAUCGAAGAUGACGGGAGUUACUUCCAAGUCAGUCAGGACGGAGGGACGCGGAAGCUGGAGAAGGCCAAGAUUUCACUAGACGACUGCCUGGCAUGCAGUGGCUGUGUCACCUCAGCAGAGACCGUGCUCAUCACUCAGCAGAGCCAUGAGGAGCUGCGGAAAGUUCUAGAUGCCAAUAAGAUGGCGGUGCCCGGUCAGCAGAGGCUGGUUGUCAUUUCGGUCUCUCCCCAGUCCAGAGCAUCGCUGGCAGCGAGAUUUCAGCUGAAUCCAACAGACACCGCCAGGAAAUUAACUGCAUUCUUUAAAAAACUAGGGGCGCACUAUGUGUUCGACACUGCCUUCUCGAGGAGCUUCAGUCUCCUCGAAAGCCAGCGAGAGUUCGUGCGGCGAUUCCGAGGACAGGCCAACUCCAAGCAGGCCUUGCCCGUGCUGACUUCCGCCUGCCCAGGCUGGAUCUGCUAUGCGGAGAAGACCCACGGGAGCCUCAUCAUCCCCCACCUGAGCACGGCCCGGUCCCCGCAGCAGGUCAUGGGCUCGCUGGUCAAGGACUUCUUUGCCCAGGAGCAGCGACUGAGCGCCGACAAGAUCUACCACGUGACGGUGAUGCCCUGCUAUGACAAGAAGCUGGAGGCCUCCAGGCCUGACUUCUUCAGCCAGGAGCACCAGACUCGUGACGUGGACUGUGUCAUCACGACGGGAGAAGUCUUCAAGUUGCUGCAUGAAGAAGGGGUCUCGCUGUCAGCACUGGAGCCAGCACCCCUGGACAGUCUGUGCAGCAGCACAUCUGCCCAGGAGCCCACCAGCCACCGGGGCGGGGGCUCAGGGGGCUACCUGGAGCACGUGUUCCGGCACGCAGCCUGGGAACUCUUUGGAGUCCACGUCACUGAGGUCACCUACAGACCCCUGAGGAACAAGGACUUCCAGGAAGUGACCCUGGAGCGGGAGGGCCGGGUCCUGCUGCACUUUGCCAUGGCCUAUGGUUUCCGCAACAUCCAGAACCUGGUGCAGAAGCUCAAGCGUGGCCGCUGCCCGUACCACUAUGUGGAGGUCAUGGCUUGCCCCGCAGGCUGCUUGAAUGGUGGAGGCCAGCUCAAGGCCCCCGACAUGGCUGGCAAGGAGCUUCUCCAGGACGUUGAGAGGCUGUACGGCAUGGUCAGGACAGAGGCGCCAGAGGACACACCUGGGGUCCGGGAGCUGUACAGGCGCUGGCUGCAGGGCGAGGGCUCGGAGCGGGCCGGCCGCCUGCUGCACACAAGCUACCACGCGGUGGAAAAGGCCAGCUCCAACCUCAGCAUCAAGUGGUAGGAAGCCUUGAAGAUCUGCCGGACCCACCA